AUGACUCGUAGUCUGAAGCUCCAAGAUCAAGAGACAUUUGAUCAAGUGGCUAAAGUGCUGAAGUGGAACAGGUGGUUGCUAUCGACCCUCGGGCUAUGGCCGCAGUCGCCAAAUACUUUUAUAUUUACUAUCAACUUCAGUUACUUUGUGUACCACAUGGCCAUGGAGUAUCUUGAUCUUUUUUUGUUUAUCGACAAUCUCGAGCACGUUAUUGAAAAUUUAACUGAAAAUAUGGCAUUCACUCAAAUAUUAGUGCGCAUCGCGAUGUUAAAAAAAUACAACCGUCAACUUGGUGAGGUUGUUAAUGAAGCAUUCAAAGAUUACGACGCACGAAUUUAUAGAACUGAUGAAGAAAGUCAAGUGUUUAUUGAAUACAUGAAGAAAGCUAAAUUAUUUAUAAAACUUUUGUGCGCAUUUGUCACCAUGACCGCGACUUCUUAUUACGCUAAGCCGAUAACAAGUCCGCCACCACCACCGGAGGGGGAGCUGGAUGUUGAAAUGGAAAAUGCGACGAUGCCAUUUAUAUUGCCGUACCGUUUUCAUUUAUUUUACCAAGUCAACGAUUCAAGAACAUGGGCACUGACAUAUUUAUCCCACUUUCCUUUUGUAUUUGUCAGUGGGUUCGGUCAAACGGCGGCCGACUGUUUGAUGGUGACUCUAGUUUUUCAUGUAAGCGGUAAAUUAGCGUCACUUGCUAUCAGAAUUUCUGAAAUAAAUACCGAACAGGGAGUAUGCAAGCAAGAAUUACGAAGUAUUAUUAUUGAACAUGACAGAUUGCUCAAAAUGGGCCAGAGUAUUGAAGAAGCUUUCAGUGAAACUCUUUUGGCGCAUCUAUUAGGCGCAACUUCGCUUGUUUGUAUUCUUGGGUAUCAAUUACUCGUUAAUUACGCAAGAGGACAAGGCGCUGAUCUUGUCACAUUUUUUGUAUUUAUAUUUUUGGUAUUUCUCGUACUCUAUGCCCACUGCGUUGUGGGUGAAAGUCUAAUUACUGAGAGUUUUAAAGUUUGUGAAGCGUAUUAUGAUUGUUUGUGGUACAAAAUGCCCAAAGAGUCAUCUAAAACAAUCGUUCUUUGCAUGGCACGGUCUCAGAAACCUUUGGGACUGACGGCUGGUAAAUUUGGAGCCUUUUGCCUGAGUACUCUCACAGAUGUUGUGAAAACUGCGAUGGCUUAUUUAUCCGUUCUAAGAACAUUCUUAGUUAUUGAAUAA